UGGCGCUUGUUUACGUGUCGACAGUUCCCGUUUUGAAACAACAAAAAAAAACAUAACCCCACAAAAUCUGUGAUUUUGACAAUUCGUGACUAGUGUUAUUUUCUACUCUUAAGUUUUUUAUUUAACAAAUUUUUCCUUUUUUUUCCUCAUGUUUUUUGUAAUACUUUGAAAAGUGAAAGGAGUAUUAAAUUUAGAAUGACAGUACCAAAAGUGAAGGCUAGUGAAAAUAAGGAAAAAAGAACAAAGACGUUAUCUGAAAAUACCAGACUGGGCGUUAGCUCCCCUCAAAUCGAUGAGGAUUUUGAACUUUGGGAUCAGUCGGGUUUUAUGUUAAGGAACGAUAUGGAUGAUUAUGGUUCAAAUUCAAAAUGGGGGGCGCAGAGUUGGUGUAAACCAAGUUGCAUACCAAUCACUGUAAUUUUGAUAUUAAUUGUUUUGGUUGUAUUAUUACCGCUACUCGACGCAGCCGAUAAGCAAGCAUUAAAUUCAACAAGAAUUGAAAAUAAUUCAAAAUUAUCUUGCAUGGAUAGUUGCAGUUUAUCCCUAACAGAGUCAAUUCCAAUCGGUCUCAUCUACCCGAAUAAUUCCCUAAUCCACCAAAGUACUUAUCAGACAUGGAAGGAUCUAAUAGAGUCCGCUCAAAGUACAAUUGAAAUAGGCUCCUAUUAUUGGACAAUGAAACGAGGAGACGUUUAUCCUCACGACAGCGCCAAAGAAGGCGAGGACGUAUUUCAAGCGCUAUUGGAAGCCGGAAGGGAUCGAAGAGUGACACUGAAAAUUGCACAAAACGUACCCACGCAAGCUAAUCCAAACACUGAUACCGAGUUCUUGAGUAAAAAGGCUAAUGCACAAGUGAGAAGUUUAAACUUUCCAGCCCUUAUUGGCGGUGGAAUUCUCCAUACGAAACUUUGGAUUAUAGAUAGGAAACACGUGUAUAUUGGUUCAGCGAAUAUGGAUUGGCGAGCUUUAACUCAAGUUAAAGAACUUGGUUUUGUCGCUAUGAACUGUUCAUGCCUAGCCGAAGAUAUAGCUAAAGUUUUCGAUGUUUAUUGGUUGGUUGGAGAAAAGAAUCAAGUGCCGCCAAGUUGGCCAGCAAAUGUUACUACAAAAGUUAAUGUCAAAAAUCCAAUGUCCAUGACUGUUGAUGGCGUUCAGUAUCGAACAUUUUUGUCAAGUUCACCCCCUAAAUUAUCACCGCCGGGACGAACGGACGAUAUUGACGCUAUUUUACAUUGCAUAGAAAAAGCGGAGAAAUUUAUUUACAUUUCCGUUAUGGAUUAUAUACCAAUGAUGCUUUACACUCCGAAAGCCCGAUUUUGGCCGAUCAUUGAUAAUGCCCUUAAAGUUGCUGCAAUCGAGGGAAAAAUAAACGUUCGACUCUUAAUUUCAUGGUGGAAACAUUCGCGAAUGAGUGAAGAUCAUUUCUUAAAAUCACUAGAAGAUUUGACAAAUUCGUACAAGAAUGUGAAAAUUGAAGUUAGGCGUUUUAUUGUUCCGUCAACCCCCGAAUUUGAUAAAAUACCUUUUACAAGAGUUAAUCAUAAUAAAUAUAUGGUUACGGAUACUGCUGCCUAUAUUGGUACCAGUAAUUGGUCAGGCGACUAUUUCGUUACCACUGCUGGGGUGAGUGCAGUUUUCGAGGACGAUGGCGUGAAUAAUACCAAAAGUAUAAGAAAACAAUUAGAAAAUGUAUUUCUUCGCGACUGGAAUUCGCCCUAUGUUCAUCGAUUAAACGGAUCUUGCUGGAAUCAAAAUUUCGAGAGAAAUCCAAAAAAAAGAGGACCCUUACAACCUACACAAUCUCAUCAUGUACCUGCUUAAAGAAAAUUUUUUUCGUAAGUAAUUAAAAUACUUACUUAAUCAAUAACAAAAAAAAAUCCCCUUUCAUCUUGCCUUUUAUUAUCUCUUUUCGUUACAAAAAGAAAUUCAAAUAACAUAAUAAAUAAUAAUCUUUGAAAUAUUAAGAAUUAUUUCUUAAUAAUAAGAAAUAAUUUUACGCUGAAAAAAAUGUGAAAAGAACAAAAAAAAAAAGAAAUACGGAAAUAUUUUUAAAUUUUAAAAAUAACUAUAAAUAAAAAACGGUUGUGAACAAAUAGCGUAAUUAACAAUCGUUAGGAACAAAAAAAAAAGUUUAAACGUAACAAAAGAAUUUUAUUACAAUUGACUAAAUAAUAGGAGUCUGUAAACUUUGAACUCUAUCCACUUUUGUGGUAAAAAGAUUAUAUAUUAACAAAUUUUGAAUUUUCUACGUAAUUAUAAAAAAUAUCUUUUAUGGAAUGAAUGAAUGAUUUAUGGCGCAUAAAUAUUAAUUACUUUAAUUGCAAAUACGUGCCUCUUUAAAAAAAAAUAUGGUCUCUGUUAAUGUUACAGUCAUCCUUUAAAUAAAAGAGAGUAAUGUGUAUAAAUUUAUAUACAUGUCUAUAAAAACGGUAAAUAAUUUUUAGAUUAUAAAAAAAGCAUUAAAAAAAUUUCCAGUGUUCUUCACAUUUUAGUGAAGUGCUCAAUUAAAAAAA